GAAUGCUUCGACAAUGCAGAAACUAAAAUGAAUAAAAAAGGAUCGAAACCAAAACAAUUGAAAAGCUAAAAUCAAUAUCUAAGAAAACAAAGAAAGCCUUGAAAGAUAUGGAUAGAUAGGAAGGAAAGCAAGGCAAGUUAUUCGAAUAAGGCACGUGGGACGGACAAAGAAACUCCUCUGCCCCAAGCCUCCGCCCCAUCUUCCCCUUUCUUCCCACCAAAGUCUCUCUGUAGAGCUCUAUUACUUAAACACUCAAAGCACUUAUCUAGAAAUCACAAGUGCUUUGAGACAAAUCAGUUGCUGAAGCAAAGAAAGGGAAGAGAAAUGGCGGAUUGGGGGCCAGUUUUUGUGGCUGUGAUACUGUUUGUUUUGCUAACUCCAGGGUUGCUCUUUCAGCUCCCUGGCCAUCGCAGGUGCUUGGAGUUUGGCAACUUUCACACCAGUGCCGCUGCCAUUCUCGUUCACUCGCUUCUCUACUUCGGUCUCAUUUGCGUCUUCUUGCUCGCCGUCAAGGUUCACCUCUACAUCGGUUGAUUCUUCUUCCCUGAUGCUACC